AGAGAGAGAGAGAGAGAGAGCGAAAGAGAGAGAGAGCGAGCUAUCUCUAGCUACGCCUUCUUCUAAGCCUCUGGAGCCUAAGGGCGCAAUCAUUCCAGGAUUUGGAAAGGGGGUAAAAACUGGAAAGGAUAAGAAGGAAGGCUUAAUCGCCCUCUCCCCCUCCCUUCCUCCUCCUAGGAAAAGAGGAGGGUUACUAUCGUACUGGAGAUACUGGAGGGAAAGGAUCUAAGCAGGAAAGCUCUUGUUUCUCCCCCCCCCCACUCCCGUUCCCCCCCCCCCCCCCCCCCCCCCCCCCCCCCAGCCCGGUUUCCCAGCAGCAUCCCGGGCAAGAGGCAAAGGAGCUGUUCUCCAGCACCGCGGAGUAAUCGGCGCAGGGGAGCUGUCCAGUUCAGCACCACCACGUUAAUGCAGUAGGUGGGAGAGCCACGAAGAAGGGGAGCCAGAGAGCCCGAGUAGGGGGGUGGGGAGGGGGAGCCCAGAGAAAGGAAAAAAAAGCCGGGUGGCAAAUCCUGCAGCAGCGAGACAGUCGUCCCCUUAUUUCCAGGAGCUUCGUGGAUCUGAGAAGGGAAAUCCAUCUCGAUUCUCCAGGAGACCCCCCCCUUCCUUUUUCCCUCCCCCACUUUAAACAAGAUUUACCGACCGCUACAAAGAAAAAUCGCUCUCGGGGCUGUUCCCUCUACCGCGGCUGCUGCUGCUUCCGUCCGCUGCCGCCACCACCGCCGCCGCCGUCCGCUGCCGCCACCACCGCCGCCGCCGCCGCCGCUGCCCGGGGGACAGCCAUGGAAGGCGAGAGCUCCGCACCUGUUCAGCUGAAAUCAAGGGCUUACCGUAUACUAGGCAGUCUGGUUUGAGAAAGCGAGAGCCAAGAGACCCCCAAGAAAGAUAACUGGAUUUUCAUGGCGCAGGCUGCAGAGCUCAGCACGAAGACGGAAGGUUGCAUCCCAGCUCUAACCAUCUCUAACUGUCUAGGUCCUGGUCAUGAGAGAUUGUGUUAAGGAUGAACCUGUGGAAGCCAUCUCCAAAUUAGCUAUCACAUAUGGAAACUGGAGACCAGAAUUUUAGGAAAAGGGAUUAAGGCAUCUCCUUUUUGGGGGGGUGGGGGGUGUCUUUUUUAUUUUUUCCUUUUCUUUCUUUUUUUUUUCUUUUCUUUUUCUUUUUUGAUACUGCAACUGGAACAGUCUCUGAUCUCAAAAAGGCAAGCCUCUCCUCCCGUGUGGUCUUUAUAAUUUACAGUUUUCCCUUGGGCUUUCUUACCUCCCUUUUUUUAUAUUCUAUAUAAUAUAUAUACACACAUGUACCCAUUAUAUUCUUAGUGGAGUUAUUAUUCUUUGAUUUGAUACACACACACACUCUCUCUCUCACACACACACACACUCACUCCCAAGAAUCCGAAGUCAGUUUGGGGUAUUUAUAUAAUGAAGAAUUAUGGGGCUGUUUGACAGAGGUGUUCAGAUGCUUUUAACCACCGUUGGUGCUUUCGCUGCCUUCAGCCUGAUGACCAUAGCUGUGGGGACCGACUACUGGCUGUACUCCAGAGGGGUUUGCAAGACUAAAAGUGUCAGUGAGAAUGAAACCAGCAAAAAGAACGAAGAAGUCAUGACCCAUUCUGGAUUAUGGAGAACCUGCUGCCUGGAAGGGAAUUUUAAAGGUCUGUGUAAGCAAAUCGAUCACUUCCCUGAGGAUGCAGAUUAUGAAGCCGACACAGCAGAGUAUUUCCUCCGGGCUGUGAGGGCCUCCAGUAUCUUCCCCAUCCUGAGUGUGAUUCUGCUUUUCAUGGGGGGCCUCUGCAUCGCAGCCAGUGAGUUCUAUAAAACCCGACAUAACAUCAUCCUGAGUGCCGGCAUCUUCUUCGUGUCUGCAGGUCUGAGUAAUAUAAUCGGCAUCAUUGUGUACAUAUCAGCCAAUGCUGGAGACCCUUCCAAGAGUGACUCCAAGAAAAAUAGCUACUCUUACGGUUGGUCCUUCUACUUUGGGGCCCUGUCCUUCAUCAUUGCCGAGAUGGUGGGAGUGUUGGCCGUCCACAUGUUUAUUGACCGGCACAAACAGCUUCGAGCCAAUGCCCGUGCCACGGACUACCUCCAGUCCUCCGCCAUCACCCGCAUCCCCAGCUACCGCUACCGCUACCAGAGACGAAGUCGCUCCAGCUCCCGUUCUACCGAGCCUUCCCACUCCAGGGAUGCUUCUCCUGUGGGCAUCAAAGGGUUCAACACUCUGCCCUCCACAGAGAUCUCGAUGUACACCCUAACCAGGGACCCCCUGAAGGCCGCCACCACCCCCACCGCCACGUACAACUCCGACAGGGAUAAUAGCUUCCUCCAAGUUCACAACUGUAUCCAGAAAGAGAACAAGGACUCUAUCCACACCAACACAGCCAACCGCCGUACCACCCCUGUAUGAAGCCGAGGCCCAGAGCUCCAAGUAGGGGCCGGGGGAACAAGGCCGGGCCAGGCUAGGGUCAGUGGGGGUGGAAAAAGAGGGGUGGGGGGUUUGGGGGGGAACAAAACCAACAAGGGGGAACCUUCCAAAAGCAAAAAAGGAAAAAAAAGAAAAAAAGAAAAAAUAAGUCAACAACAACAACAAAAAAACACAAAAACAAAAUAAGAGAAUUGAAGAGAAACAACAGGAAAAAUGUGGAAAAAAGGAGAAAAAACACUUUAAAAGCAAGAGAGAUUAAAAAAGAGAAAAAAUAGAAAAUAAAUUUAAAGAAAAUGCAUGAUUUCCCAUGUACCAUUAUUUUAACAUUUAAUAAAAACAAAUAAAAAAAAAAACCAAGGGAACCAAGAGAAAUUUAAAAAAUAAAUAAAGACAAGGAUGAGGAGGGAGGCUUUUGGGAAUCUUUCAGGGUUUAUUUUUUUAAUUUAAUGAGAUUUCUUUUCUGUUCACUUUUAACCCAAAGUGGGCUCUGACUCCUCUUAGGGGGUAGAGGGGAACAGAGCCCCGAGUCCUCAGGGCGAUGAGAGGGCUGGGGGUGAUUAGCAGUGACCACCAAGCCCUGGAGUCUCUGGGUUAAUGUCCCCAAGCAAGGAGUUCCCAUGCCUUCUCUGACUCAGUGCUAGCCUUUGAACUUGUAGAUCUUUAGGGGAGUCAAGAUUUCUUGGUUUCUUAUGGGUCCCUAAAGCAUGAGAAGGAAGGAAAGUGGUGGGCCACUGCUCCCUUUCCAAACUCCCAGUGCUUAAUGAUGAUCCACUGUGACCCCUCAGCCCCAGAGUGAUGGGGAAAGAGAAGAAGGCUGCCCAUGACUUUCCAGGAUGCUUAGAAAUCCCAGAAAUUCAUGGGGAACAACUUCUCAAAUAUUCCUGUGCUCAGGAUCAGUAGAGGUGAACAGGGAAGAGGGUAGAAGAGGGUGGUCCACUUGCAUUGGACAGAUUCAACAGGUCACUGUCCUCGAUGACCUAGAAAACAGAGUCACUCUCUUCAAUUCCCAUAGGGAAGAAGCAUGAAAGUGACCCAGUUUAGACUCACCAACCCUCCCACCCCCAGUCCCCUGGGGUCAAAUGGUCCCCUUGGCCCAAGGCUUCCCACUACUCUUCAGUUCCUUAAUGAAGAGUAGUUGUCAGCCAUGGGGCCUAUUAUUCCCCUGGGGCCAGGGGUCAGAGGAGAGGGAACUCCAGGGAAGUAACUGAUCACAGUGACAUUAUAACAAAGGUUUCUUUAAAAAAGAAAGAAAGAAAGAAAGAAAGAAAGAAAGAAAGAAAGAAAGAAAGAAAGAAAGAAAGAAAGAAAGAAAGAAAGAAAGAAAGAAAGAAAGAAAGAAAGAAAGAAAGAAAGGGAAAUGAAAAGUGGCUUUUUUUACUCCAAAAACACUACAAACUACAUACAUGUAAAUAUAAUAUGUGGAUUUCCUUGCAAGAGAAAUCAGAUCAUAUUUUUAUUUUAACUGUUUUGCAGCUUUAAACUGUGAAAAAAAAGGGGGGGGUAAAAAGAGAAAUCUAAAUAUUAGCAGGGAAUAUGUAAAGAGAAAAACAGAAAAUAAAUCCAUUUAAAUGAAAUAAUUUAAAAUUUUUUAAGAACAAGAAAAACUACCAAAAGAACACGAGCAGGGCUGACUGGUAGAGAAAGGGGAAAUGGCUCUUUCCAUGAGAAAAUCAUCCCUUCCUGCUAAGAGAAAGAAACUUACUGAGGGAGUAACUGAGAACAAAGACCAUACAUCCCAAGAAGACUCACACUCACACAUGCACACACUGACUCAUGUCCGCUUGGACUCAAUUAUCUAUCUAGAUUCCCCCCCCCAUACUCAGCUUCUCCCCUCUUUUCCCUCUAGGAUCCAACUUCAUGUGCUCACCUUCAAUUAAUGCUGAUUCAUACUCAUGAAAGCCAUAACAUACACACACACACACACACACACACACAUACACACACACACACACACCAUGCUUGCUGACUCCCAUCUUCACAGAGACUUCCCUACAUGAAAAGAGCCUCUGGUUGGGAAGCCAGGAGAUCUGGAUUCUGGCCCCUGGUUCUGCCACAAACUUGUUGUGAGACUUUGAACACGUCAUUUGGUCUCUUCUGUCAAAGGGAGAGGGGAAGGCUGGGACUGGAUGAGCCCUUCCAGCUUGGGAAUUCUCACACUCACCUUGCUCAUCCAUCCCCGCCCGCCACCAUGGUCAGACUCCUGGCCGAUAAUACUCCCAGUAACCAAGCCCCCCUGCAGGGGGCCCCCACCCAGACACACACACACACACACACACACACACACACACACAGAUCCCAAAACCUCCUCACUGUGCUCCCCACUCCCUGACCCCCAUCCAUGUCAAAGUCAGGUUGUACACUCCAUGAACAACCUAGCUCGACAUGUUUGUGCUGCUGCUCUGGCAAAGAGGGAAGAUGUGCCAGGGGUCCCUUUGAACACUAUUUAUUCCAUUUCCCUUCUUUCAGUGCCAUGACCAAGAUCAGGAACAGUUGCCCUGGUGGGCAGAAGGAAGAAUGUCAUCCAGACUCUCUGGCGACCCUGAGCUUCUGUGAGGGAAGCCGGCCUCCGGCUAGGAGCCUGGGCAACAGUCCCAUAUAUGGAGGCCAGAAGAGACCUCCUGUUGGCAAUCUGGCUGGUGGAGAGUGGAUGAAGGGCAAGCUCCCAUUUGGUCUCUGUCUAGGGGCUAGGAUUGUCCUCUCCCCUGACCCAAAGAAAAGGAGGGGUUCACUUCCAUGAGACAGACCUUCAUCCACUCUCCCCAAACCUGAAAUCUCCCCAGUGAAUGGUCCAAUGUGUAAGGAUAGGUUUAGCCACUGGGUUGAGUCAUUGACUCUUCCGCGGGAGUCAACGCUGACCUCAUCCCUUUCCAGACACAUGCCCAGUCUGAAGCCUUUUCUGGCUGCCCAGUUAUGAUCCCUGGGGUGCCUAAGCCAGCCACUAAAAGGGCCUGAAACAUCGAGUUCCUUACUGUUCUCUCCAGUCCAGAAGGAACCUGUGGCUGGUGGGGAGGGACUAAAAUUCAGCACGGAACACAGGACUGAAUCUCCCUCUCCACCCCUCCAAGCCCCAACCCCAGCAUGGAAAUACACUGGGCAGCUUGCUGUGUGCAUUCAACUGAGCAACAUGGCCCUAG